AACAUACUGUAACUUUGUCUUGUUUUCAGAAAAGCUUGUGGGUUAAUAAUAUGCCGGUGCGGUAAGCUAAAUAAACUCGUUUCUACUUUAAAAUCAAUCCUAAAUGUAACUGGAAGCCAGUGUAGAGACUGACCUAAGGACUGCUGUCAUGUGCUUUAUUUUAAUUUAUUGCAUUUGCUUUCAGGACGUGAAGAAAGAUAUAGUGUUGGUGAUGGAGCAUCCCGGCCCAUGCAGAACGCUGGAGGAUUUCCUGAAAGAGAAACAACACAUGGAGGAGAGAGAUGCGCGUACGCUGAUCCUGCAGAUUGUCAAAGCAGCGCAGGAGUGCUUGAGGCGGGAAAUUUGUCAUUGGGAUAUUCAUGAAGAUAAUAUCCUAGUCAUCGGCCCGCCUCUGCAGAUUAAGCUGAUUGAUUUUGGACAGGGGACGCGCAUCGGUGAUCGACAGGUGCACCAGUGGCCAGGAAGAAGGAUAUCUUUUAAGGAAGCGGUUAAAAUUACGGUGAAUCAGCUGUAUUACCUCAUGAAGGAAAUGGCAAAACAUUGUUCCAGCAUACCUGCAGAAUUCAUGAGAUUUAUGGCUACCUGCUGGUCCCCUGUGAAUGCUGAGGAUCAGAUACAGCACACAGUGGAGGAGAUUCUGAAUCAGCCAUGGCUAAAAGACUAAUAAAAAUAAAGACUGUUCCAGACAUGAGGAGUUUAUGCUUUCCACCCUGAAACAGGACCUGUUUUAGAGGAGAUUUUAGAGCACAAGUGAUUCAGCAUGACAUACUGUAGACCCCAUCAGCAGCAGAAAACAGGUUUUCAUUCUUUCAUUUCUGUCAUUUGUUGUUUUGCUGUUUUCUGCUUCCCAAAUUCUGGACUUCCUCCUGCGAGGGUUGCAGUCAGAGCUGCAUGUAAAUGAGGGCCGGGUGAAGCAUGCCCAUUGGUCCACCAGCUCUAGACCGACAGUUUCUCCUCCAUCCAGUCAGGCGAGGAGGGAAGCUGAUGUUUCUCUAAUGGCGGCCGAUGUGGGAAAGUGCACAAUGUGGGAAGCAGAGGCGGAAAACAGCAUAAUCUCAGAAAACAAUGGAAGUAUGAAUUCCUCAUGACUUUAUUUUGUCACUGAGCACAUGUGUGCUGCUCUUCCUAUCAUUUCUGUGAAAUUGAGACUGCAAAGCGCCCUAUGAACCCCAUGGAGUGUGUUGAAGCUGUU